AUGCACUCCUUCCAGCUUCUCGGCCUGGCCGCUGUCGGCUCCGUCGUCUCGGCCGCUCCUACUGCGUCUCGUGUCUCCGACCUUGUGAAGAAGUCCUCUUCUACCUGCACUUUCACCUCUGCCAGCGAGGCUAGCGAAAGCAUCUCUUCGUGCUCCAACGUCGUCCUCAGCAACAUCGAGGUGCCCGCCGGAGAGACACUUGACCUGUCCGACGCCGCUGACGGUGCCACCAUCACUUUUGAGGGUACCACCAGCUUCGGCUACGAGGAAUGGGAUGGUCCUCUUAUCCGUUUCGGCGGCAAGCAGCUCACCAUCACCCAGUCUGACGGUGCUGUCAUUGACGGUGAUGGCUCUCGCUGGUGGGACAGCGAGGGCACCAACGGUGGCAAGACCAAGCCCAAGUUCAUGUACGUCCACGAUGUCGAGGAUUCGACCAUCAAGGGCCUGCAGAUCAAGAACACUCCGGUGCAGGCCAUCAGUGUGCAGGCGACCAACGUCUACCUGACCGACAUCACCAUCGACAACUCCGACGGUGACGACAACGGUGGCCACAACACCGACGGAUUCGACAUCAGCGAGAGUACUGGCGUGUACAUCAGCGGUGCUACCGUCAAGAACCAGGAUGACUGUAUCGCCAUCAACUCCGGCGAGAACAUCCUCUUCACCGGCGGUACCUGCUCCGGUGGCCACGGUCUGUCCAUCGGCUCCGUGGGUGGCCGUGAUGACAACACCGUCAAGAACGUGACCAUCUCGGACUCAACCGUCACGGACUCGGCCAACGGUGUCCGCAUCAAGACCAUCUACGGCGACACCGGUGAUGUUAGCGAGAUCACCUACUCCAACAUCCAGCUCUCCGGCAUCACCGACUACGGAAUUGUCAUCGAGCAGGACUACGAGAACGGCAGCCCUACUGGUACCCCCUCCACUGGUGUCCCCAUCACCGACGUGACCGUCGAUGGUGUCACCGGCUCGAUCGAGGAUGACGCUGUCCAGGUCUACAUCCUCUGCGGUGACGGCAGCUGCUCCGACUGGACCUGGUCCGGCGUUGACAUCACCGGUGGUGAGACCAGCUCCGACUGCGAGAACGUUCCCUCCGGCGCUUCUUGCUAG